AUACUGCCAGGGUUAUUUUAGUUUUGGGUCAAGUCCAAAUAGAAGAGCCCAAGCCCAAUGCUUCCACAAAAAUGCUUAACCCUAACCCUUCCUGUUAGAGUUACGCAUUGAGAGGCAGGAAUUAGGGUUCUCGGUGAGAGGAAGAUAAAGGAAGGAUGGCGAAGUUCAACGUGGUGCAGAAGCAGAAAAGAGCACAGAUUGCUGAGAGAAAGAGAUUAAUUCAUGGGGAUCCUGUAACUGGGAAACUUAAGAAUAUGCCUCAGGCACUCGCCAUGUCGGGCAAGCGCAAGCGCAAGCUCCUCAGGAAAUGGCGCAAGGGGCAAAAGGAGGCCAUUGAAAACGGCCUUGUGACCAUGCAAGAUGUGGAAAUGGCAACUGCUGAAGGUGUUUUACUAUACAGCUGAAACCUUUUUUUUUUUUAAGAAAAAAAAGGGUCUUCUUUAAUCCUCUCCUGUUAACAAAUAUUUUAAUUUUUUAUGGAGGACUAAAAGGAAGUUUGCUUAUUCCAAUUGAAUGAAAUAUGAAACAAUGUUUCUUUAAUGGGUUAUGGCACAUAGUGUCUUUAAUGGGUUAUGAAACAUAACUUCUUUAAUUUUUUAUUCUCUUAAUUUGCAUCUAUCGUUGUACGACUUAUGGUGGAAAAGCUAUGUAUGCAAGGUGUAAAACAUUAAUUGGUCAUAGGUUUUGGGGAAGCAAAGCAUACAAAGUUUCACUGUUUGUGUUACAAUUUGUUUGGGAAAAAAAAAAGUACUACUAUUAGAUAUAAAAUGGUGUCUGAAUUGCUUGUCACUUGCAAGUCUUUAUCAUUUUAUUUUUCAUGUAUCUCUAAUUCUCUAUCUUUGUUUUUUUCUUAAACGACAUGUGAUACUUGACUUGACCAUGCAUUUACUAAUAUCUGAGGAUGUAUUGUACAACUAGAAACUACAGCCUUUCUUAAGUAAUUUCUUGUGAUAAUAAAUUCCUUGUUCGAGGCCAUUCUUGUAAGUUAUUUUUGCAGAAGUUGUUACUAGACCAACAAAGUAUGUUCUGUGAUAUGAAAAAGUGCAGCAAAAUGUUACAUUCUGGAGAUACAACCUGAAUAUGACAAGAAUUUGAUGAAACUACUUUGAAGCGUUUCAAGGGCAAGUUGAUUUAUGAAUAUGUUUGUGUGAAAAUAACUAGAUCCAAGCUCUUCUUUCCCCCACUCCAGCCUAUGAAAUUGAGGUUUCCCCAUCUCUUCCUUUUUAGCAAGCUCGUAUAUAUUCUGAACAUAAUUCUGUUAAAAUAUUUGUUUUCCCUCUUUAGUGCUUUUUUUCCCAUACACUGCCUACCCAUAACUAAUAUGAAGGAAUCUCCUAGAGUUUUUCGUUUUUUCAAUUUCAAUUUUUUGUGGGAGUUGACACUUGACAAGGUCAUC